AUAUCUCAGUUAUGACAUCAUGUAAAAAACCAGCAAAGAAGAUCUUUAUCUUCCCAGUUCUCAUCUACCUCAUCAUACCCGUCUAUGAAUCCAGCUGCUACACCUCAUUUACCAAGAAAAAGCACGGAGUAACGUUCUACAACGGCACUAAGGAGAUAGAGGACCUGACUGGUACAGACGUGUCCGGACAAACUCUCACUUUAAAGUGUGCUCAUAACUUCGAGACGUUUACGAACGAAGUUAAGUUAAUUCCAGGAAUAGGAGCAUACGCUAUCUACUCAACUGGAGGGGUCCCAGUGAGAUGUACCAGUAAGAAUCAGUGGAGUCCUAGGAUUGAGAUGGUGCACAAGACAGAUGGCUCAUUGACAAGCGAACCUAUAACCUACAUGUGUGCAGCUGGCUGCCCAGUAAUACAGAGUGAAACUCACGUUGUGAGUUACGGUGGAGGUAUGGUUACGAGUGAACGAUACAGCCCUCCCAUCAUCCCCUCGCGGACCAACUCCCCAGUCAACGCAACAGUAACAUGCAGGACAGGAUACACUCGAGCAGUUGGAGACGGUGGAGGAACUGUUGCUAGCUGCAGGACCGCCGGACAGUGGAGUACGACAUCCUUCGUAAGAUGUGUCAAGGGUUGCAAUGACAUAACGAAGUCAGUACGGUGGGGUAAAACAACAGCACAACCUGCCACAAGUACGGGUGAACCACCAUUCCGACCUGGAGACAAAGUGACAUUUCACUGUUCAACAGAUUUUGUGCUGGUAGGAAACGAGACGUUGGUAUGCAAGGGAGACAACACUUGGGACAGUGACCUCCCCACCUGUGUUUACAACGAGAACAGCAGGAAGAGAAGGAAUGUUUGGAAUGUUUCACCUGAAAAUGGGACUGUGCAGUUAAAUUGAAGAGAGAAAUUGAGCAUUCUCGACCACUCAAUUCAGCUCGUGUAAAAUAAUUAUUAACUGCAUCGCGAACGGAUAUUUUAGCAUUCUCAUAUAAAAUAAUCAAUAACUGCAACGCGAACGGAUAUUCUAGCAUUCUCAUGUAAAAUCAGGAAUAUUUUUAUUGUGAUGGCUAUUAAUUUAUACAAUUAUAACUCUUUCAAUUUAAUUUAC